AGCAGCUGUUUGCAAUCUAUUGGUGUAGGCCUGUUUUACCAGAGUAUUUAUCCCCGACGGAAUGGGUUGGGAGCGCACACCGAGCCGGAAGCUCAAAUCCAGCGACCGAGCCACGAUACUGUGGAUAGACGUGGAAUUAUGUUUUAAUUUAGUUAUACGAAAUAGAUGGGUUUCGUUACUUUAUUGUUCAGUCUGUGGUGACGACAUGUAUUUGGUUUCACCAAACCGGGAACUUUCCAAAAAAGGACUAAAAAGCAUUACAACGGUUCUAUCCGGAGACUUUAGUGGCGCACACAUCUCAUCUCCAGCUGCCCCAGUGCUGUAAGGAUAAAAUGGAUGGACUCCACACACCAUCAUCUCACCAAGAUGUUAGACAGAUAAUGCUGGUUAAUGAAGAAGCUGCUGAAGAAAAGAUGGCUGAUGUGGACCAGCAGGACCCAGAACACCUCCACUUAAAGGAGGAACAGGAGGAACUCCGAGCCAGUCUGGAGAAAGAGCAGCUCCAUUUGAAGGAGGAGACUGAUGCUGCCAGGUUUCCAUUCACUGCUUUUUCUAUAAAAAGUGAAAAUGAUGAAGAGAAACUUCUGUUCUCACAGUUUAAUCAGCAUCAAAUAGAAGACAGAGAUGUCCCAACCAGCAGCUCGGCUGACCAGAUGACAGCAGAAACGAGCAGGAACCCAGAUUUUAACACUCAUGAACAAAAAUCAGAUUCUUCACAGACUGAAGGUAGUGAAGAUGAUGAAGAGGAUAAAGUUACGAACCUAGUCUCUGAGCUGUCAGACUCUGGGCCUGGAACUGGAGAUGUAGACGAUGACUGGAAUGAGAGCAGGCCUUCUGAGUCAGAUGUUAAGACGGUCAGCAAAUCCUGUAGCUGUCCCAAGUGUGGAAAACAAUUUCUCAAUAAGUGGUCCCUCCAGAAACACGUGAGAGUGACGAGUCAUUCAGCAUCAAAGUCUUCAGGUUGUUUGGUUUAUAAGGAAUGUGUUGGAUCAAAGGAACAUGUAGACCCAUGCAAGAAAGUCCAGACAGAACUAAACUCAUUUAGUUGUGUUGACUGCGGUAAAAGAUUUCGUACGAAAUCUAAUUUAAACUGUCACAUUAAUGUACAUAUAGGACAUAAGCCUUUUGCUUGUGACAUCUGUGGACACAUGUUUAGCCUAAAGCAACAUUUAAACACACACAUGAGAGUCCACACAGGACAGAAGCCUUUUGCUUGUGAGCUCUGUGGACAAAGAUUUCGCCAGAAUCCCCAUUUAAACAGACACAUGAGAUCUCACACAGGCCACAAGCCUUUUGCUUGCGACCUUUGUGGACACAUGUUUAGCCUAAAGCAACACUUAAAUACACACAUGAGAGUCCACACAGGACAGAAGCCUUUUGCUUGUAACCUCUGUGAACAAAGGUUCAGCCUAAAGCAUCAUUUAAACAUGCACAUGAGAGUCCACACAGGGCAGAAGCCUUUUGCCUGUGAGCUGUGUGGACAAAGAUUUCGUCAUAAGGUAACUUUAAACAUGCACAUGAGAGUCCACACAGGACAGAAGCCUUUUGCCUGUGAGCUGUGUGGAAAAAAAUUUCGUCAUAAGGCAACUUUAAACAUGCACAUGAGAGUCCACACAGGACAGAAGCCUUUUUGCUGUGAGCUCUGCGGACAAAGAUUUAGCUAUAAGAUUAGUUUAAAUGGACACAUGAGAGUCCACACCAAACCGAAGUAACUCAUUAAACUACAAAAGUAACAAAAAUUAUCCUCGUAGUUUUCACAUCCUAAAUGUCAGUCUUUUACCCUUGGUAACAAUCCUUUACUCUAAAUCAGGGCCACAUCUGGUCCACAGGCCACUUCUUUCUGGCUAGACAGCCACAUAUUGUGGCUCCCAAGCUGUAAAUGUUUCACUAUAUCACCAACUCUCACUCCUGUUUUGUUCCGUGAGUUUAAUGGCUGUUGCCAUUUACAAAACAGCAAAAUUCUAGAAAAGCGAGGACAAGUCAUGCAGUUAUUUGAUAAGUAGAUAACCACAUUUAACUCUCAGAUUUGAGUUCUUGGUAAUUGAAAAAGUAUCUUGAGAUAACUUUAGAGCAGCCAAUUUAUUUUUAAAUUUACCAUUACCAUUGUUAGCUCUAAAUUAGCCUUGUUCACCCAAUAUUAGAGUGAAACAAAAGAUGCAAUGGCUUCUUAGGGUUGCAAGAAAUAACAUCUGGGCCACUCCUGUUAGUUUUUCUCAGUUGCUUUGAUGCAUUUCUCACAACAGAAUUAAACUUUUCACACUCAGUUCAACCUCCACAACAUGUAGUCGUUUUGGCACAACCUAGUGGCGGUUUCAUGUUCAUUUCAACCAAAGGCAUAUGCCUUUAGACAUGAGUAAGUACAAAUAUCUUAAGAAUGGUCACUUUGACUUGCUAUUCAUCACCAUCACCUUUCUUUUAUCACGUAUGUCAUGAUUAACUAUACUUGUACAGGCUGAAUAGUCAUUGUUCAUACAACUAAUAAUCUUUUCAUAGCUUGUGUCAUUGCACUCAAAAUUGUUGAACAUCUUGUCAAACAUUUUGCACACCCAUUUUGAUAAUCCUAUUUUUAAAGAGUUUUCAUGAAAAUUUCCAUAAAUGACUUUUCUCAGGUGAACCUUAUCUUACACUAGAGAAAAGUGGCUUGUGAACUACGUGUGUGUUUGUGUGUACUGUAAACCAGUACACUGGAUUGGAAUGAGGUGCAUAUUGUAUCUACAAAACUGCAGAACAUGGAAGGUCAGUCUUGUGGAAGAGGUAGGCGGAGUCUCUGGAGACGGGGCCUCUGGAGGCAGGAGGGAAACACCUUGUUGGGUGGCUCCAGGCCAGGAGCGCAGGCCUUGGAACAGUCUGACCCCUGACCCACCGGAAUGCUGGGGGUGGCGUCAGGACAAGCUGCAGCUCACCAGCAACACUGGCCUGGAGGAGACGGGAACCGCUCCCCAUGACUUGGACCAUCUCCUGGAGGACAUCAAGCCAGGCAGGUGCCUUCAAACUGGGAUUUGUCCUGCAGCUCUUCCCAGCUAAACCAGCCUACUGGACCCGCAUCAUAGGGCACGGUCACGGGAGAAGGUUUCUGCUGGUGGGGGUGUACUGCGCUGUGGUGACGUCCGGAGCUCCAACUGAGCUGGAGGUUCUGGCUGGAGCUCGGACUGAGCUGGAGGUUCUGGCUGGAGCUCGGACUGUGCUAGCGGGGACUGCUGGAGCUCGGACUGCGCUGGCGGUGCUGGGUGGCAGUUUCGACGUCGGAGCUGUGGUGUGGUUGGUCGAUCCACCUGAGAUGAAUAAGUGGUGCUGACGAAACCCGCAGAGGAUGUGGAGAAACUGCCCACUCGAGAUGAGGAGGUGGCGCUGUUGGGACCAGGUGAUGGAUAGGUUGAUCGGCUCAUCAGCGGAGCUGAGUUAAUGCUGACUGAACCAGCGGAGGAUGGCAUAGAGGAACAGCCCACCAGAGAUGAGGAGGUGAUGCUGUCUGAACCAGUUGGGCUUGUGGAGUGUCGACCCACCAGAGGAGAAGAGGUGGCGCCAACAGAAUCAGAGGAGAAGGAGAGGCAGCCAGAUCUGACUGUUUAGACAGUGGCCUGAAAGUAGUGUCAUCUUAGGGUGGAUGGAGAUGAGAAGGUGGAUUUGCCCGCCAGGAGCCAGUUGGUAGAGUGGAUGGUGGUGAGUCUUGGCCAAACGUCUUCAGCAGAUCACAGGAGAAAGUCCAGAAUUUAACUGAGUCCAUGGGGUGUAACUGAAAGUACUGUAAGCCCAAUGCAGGGCAUAACCACCCAGGCAGAGGACCAUAUAAUAGAGUUUCUCAUAAUCUGUGAGUGAUGGAUCUGAUUAACGGUGGACUCCCGUCUUUGAUAAAGUUUUUGCAGGCGAAUGGGUCUCCUCUGUACCUUUCUGAAAGCUGUUGGGUGAUUGUGGUUGCUGGCUUUGGAUGAACUGCUGGGUCCAUGUUGGUCGGUUCCUUCUGACAUGGUUAGGAGGUUGUUGUAGGACCCAAGUGCAGGAAAUCCAGGAGGCAGCCAGGUAGGUUAUACAUUCAAAUCUUAAUAAUAAACAGGGUGUGGAGCAGGAUCAGGAUAGACAAAAACAUGAGUAUCAGGCAAAAAACACAAACACAAGGAACCAACAGAAAACACUGAUCUGAGCUGGGUUUAAAUACCCUGGGGAUGUAAGUGGAGACAAAGGGAGCAGGUACACAGAUUACUGAUGGGAAUGACCAACAGGUGUGACUGGUUAAGCUGAGGAUGGGACAAACAUGGAAUGGACUGGAGAGACAAGGGACACAGGACAUGACAAUCCUAGCUGGUUAUCUUCUGGUCCCUCACUUAUCAAAUGUUCAUAGAAACUAUUCAAUACAUUCCAUCCUACCAAUUAAAUUUAGAAUGUGUGUAUGAACAGUAAAAGUUCUGAUUUAUGAAACAUGCGGUGGCCACGUAUACACAUGUUCUUCCGCAAUCGAACAUCGAUAAAUCCCAGCUGUGCGUACCCGUUUGCUUGUGUCCAUUCACCAUCAUUUACUUAUAAAAACGCCUUCAAUUAAUCAGAUUUUGUCACACCAUGUCCUCAGCUUUUGAGGGGAAUCCCUGUGUUGCUCCCAAACAAACAGAACCAGAAACUUUAUUGACAGUGAGAUUGGGGCACUGGCUGCCGAAGUAGAAGAAAACGAAACCUGUUGUAGAGGCUGUAAUUUUAUUAUUAUAAAUGCAGUUGGGACAGAGGAGAGGUCUAUGUCAGAAUUUGUUUUUUUAAUGGUUCCACUUAUAAUUGUAGAGGAAAGAGGGUUUAUUUAAAUUUUAUAUUUAAGGAGUUUGAAUGCAUGCUCUGUUUGGAGUUCGUUUUGUUGUUUGGACAUUUUGUUCUCUGCAGCUUCUUAGCUGUCAUUCAGUCUGGUUACCUUGGCAAUGCGUGUGUGUUUGGGGACACACGAGGAUAUUCUGGGGCUUCUUGUAGUUGUCAAUAGUAGAGUAUGGAAUCUGGAAUCUGAUUGGUGUAGUUUGUCUGUCGCUCCACAAAGGGUCCAAAAUCACAGCACACCUCCAGAAAGAUCUCCUUCAGAAAUCAGAUCAAAGAGCUCACGAAAAACGCAUUCUGUCAAAAGUACACUCUCUGACAAAUCCUCCCAAAACACAAAAUCAACCAUACAAUAGAUUCCUGUAGAUCACGUGUCUUUUUCAAGGUUAUGUGAGGUAUGCUGGACUUUGUCAUAGCGGACAAAAAUCCCUUCUGUGCAUCCACAGUCCAGUUUUCUCUUGUUUGGUCUGCACAUACAACACACAAUGUCUGUAACCUAGAUGGCUUGGAAUUCUGCCCUGUCAACAAGAAAGAAGGUAUCGGUUUCUCAUCAUAUCUACAGUCUGGACUGCAGAUGUCCACACAUUCUCAAUAAGCAUACACCUUCUCAUGAAAAGAUCGUACGCCAGUUACGCUCUGCUGUAUUAUUUUAAUCUGGGGACUACGGAGCUGAAGUUUCAUAUCUGAUCCUGCUUGUUGAGUAUUGCUUAACUGAUCACUGUGGAGACCAUGGACAGCUCCUUCAGAGGCAGACUGAGACAUCCCAGACGUAAAACGGAACGCUACCGUUGGCCAUUCAUCCCCUCUGCAGUAAGGGUGUAUAACUCCUCAGUUUAAGCUGUACUGGCAUUAUCUUGUUACAUAAUAACACCAAUGCAAUACUCAGUAUGGGUUCAAUUUUCAUGCAAUACCAGAUUUACGUUGCAUGUCUGUGUCUUUUGUAGUAUGCUGCUUAGUGUUGGAACCCAAAUUUUUUUCUUUUUCUUUCCGUGGUUUUUAGUGGUCGAAGGAUACAAUACUCGAUUACUGCCUGUGUGUAUAUACAUGUACCUUUGUUAUAAUUUUUCUUCAAAUUGUUCUCUUAAGUGUUGCUGCUGCUGUAACAAGUGAAUUUUCCCACUGUAGGAUCAAUAAAGUUCUAUUCUAACUUC